UGUGUUUGUGCUCAUUUGAUCUGAGACGCCGAGACAGUAAGCAGCAUGAACAUGUUCUCCUGUUGGACUUCUCCAUCUGACGAUGACGAGCCGCACAGGCGGGUAAACGAACCGGAGAAGAAGGUAAAGAAGAGAAAAUGGUGGCAAAGACGCCAGAAGGUGGAGAUGCAGGACGUGGAGGGUGGGGAGGGAAGCAAGGUAAAGGGUGAAGAGAUGGGGCAAGGAGUGGAGCAGAAUGUUUUAGAGGACCAGGCAGACCAAAUACCAAAGAUGGAGAAGCAGGUGGUUCUGGGAAAAACCAAACCUGAGAAGAAAGUAAAGAAGAGAAAAUGGUGGCAGAGACGCCAGAAGGUAGAGAUGCAGGACGUGGAGGGUCAGGAGGGAAGCGGGAUAAAGGGUGAAGAGAUGGGGCAAGGAGUGGGGCAGAAUGUUUUAGAGGACCAGGCAGACCAAAUACCAAAGAUGGAGAAGCAGGUAAAGAAGAGAAAAUGGUGGCAGAGACGCCAGAAGGUAGAGAUGCAGGUGGCCUCACGGGACCUGGUGGAAGAACCAGAGCAGGUCGUCCUAAAGGACCAGAGGAGGGAACCAGUAAACAAGGUGGUUCUGGUUUCUGAGAUUGAGAUGAAGAAGUUAGAGCAGGUGGACCCAGUGGAGCAGGUGGACCAAGUGGAAAAAACAGACCAGGUCGUGAAGAAGGCCGAAAGGCAGGUGGACCCAGUGGAAAAACCAGACCAAGUCGUGAAGAAGGCCGAAAGGCAGGUGGACCCAGUGGUAAAACCAGACCAGGUUGUGAAGAAGGUAGAGAGGCAGAUGGCCCCAGAGGAAAAACCAGACCAGGUUGUGAAGAAGGUAGAGAGGCAGAUGGCCCCGCUGAACCUGGUUGAAGAACCAGAGCAGGUCAUCCUAAUAAACCAGUGGAAGGAACAUGUAAAAAAUAGGGUUCAUUUCAUUGAGAAUGAGAUAAAAAAGGCCGAAAGGCAGGUGGACCCAGUGGUAAAACCAGACCAGGUUGUGAAGAAGGUAGAGAGGCAGGUGGACCCAGAGGAAAAACCAGACCAGGUUGUGAAGAAGGCCGAGAGGCAGGUGGACCCAGAGGAAAAACCAGACCAGGUUGUGAAGAAGGCCGAGAGGCAGGUGGACCCAGAGGAAAAACCAGACCAGGUCGUGAAGAAGGCCGAGAGGCAGGUGGACCCAGAGGAUAAACCAGACCAGGUUGUGAAGAAGGUAGAGAGGCAGAUGGCCCCAGAGAAAAAACCAGACCAGGUUGUGAAGAAGGUAGAGAGGCAGAUGGCCCCGCUGAACCUGGUGGAAGAACCAGAGCAGGUCAUCCUAAUAAACCAGUGGAAGGAACAUGUAAAAAAUAGGGUUUGUUUCAUUGAGAAUGAGAUAAAAAAGGCAGAGAGGCAGGUGGACCCAGAGGAAAAACCAGACCAGGUCGUGAAGAAGGCCGAGAGGCAGGUGGACCCAGAGGAAAAACCAGACCAGGUCGUGAAGAAGGCCGAGAGGCAGGUGGACCAAGAGGAAAAACCAGACCAGGUUGUGAAGAAGGUAGAGAGGCAGAUGGCCCCAGAGGAAAAACCAGACCAGGUUGUGAAGAAGGUAGAGAGGCAGAUGGCCCCGCUGAACCUGGUGGAAGAACCAGAGCAGGUCAUCCUAAUAAACCAGUGGAAGGAACAUGUAAAAAAUAGAGUUUGUUUCUUUGAGAAUGAGAUAAAAAAGGCAGAGAGGCAGGUGGACCCAGAGGAAAAACCAGACCAGGUCGUGAAGAAGGCCGAGAGGCAAGUGGACCCAGAGGAAAAACCAGACCAGGUCGUGAAGAAGGCCGAGAGGCAGGUGGAUCCAGAGGAAAAACCAGACCAGGUUGUGAAGAAGGUAGAGAGGCAGAUGGCCCAGCUGAACCUGGUGGAAGAACCAGAGCAGGUCAUCCUAAUAAACCAGUGGAAGGAACAUGUAAAAAAUAGGGUUCGUUUCAUUGAGAAUGAGAUAAAGAAGGCCGAGAGGCAGGUGGACCCAGUGGAAAAACCAGACCAGGUUGUGAAGAAGGUAGAGAGGCAGGUGGAUCCAGUGGACACAGUGUUAAAACCAAAGCAGGUAGGAAAGAACCAGAUUGAAAUAAAGAAGCCAAAUUUAGAGAAGAAAAUGGUCCUCAAAAACCUGGAGAGGAUGGAGAACAAAAGGCUGGAGAAGCAGGUGCUUCAGAUGGACCAGAUGACAAAGGUAGAAGAACGAGUGGAUCAGGUAGUUUUCAAGACUAAGGUUAAUAAACCUGAGGAGCAGGUGUGUCUACAGGACAGGCAGGUGGUUCUAGUGAACCGGGUGAAGGAACCAGACAGGGAUGAAGCACCUGAGCACCAGUGGACAGAACUGGAGGAGCCAGCAGCUUUGGAGCACCAAACAUGGAAACUGAAGGAGCAGAACCUGGAUAGAGGAUGCACUGAAGAUCCACUGAAGAACAUCUCCGAGGCGUCUUCAAACAAACCGGACCACGAGCAGCUGCAGGACGACGUUCUUGUUUCCCCCAUCGUCGAAGCCCAACCUGGAGAGUCCGGGGCUCUGAUGGAGACCGCGCGUGAAGAUGAAGGUGUCCCGAUGCCGAAGUCGAGGAGAGCCAGCCUGAGAACCAAACGGUUCCAGUUCUUCAACGUCUGAAGCUGAGGUGGUGACGAUCCGGAGAUCAUCCAAUCACACGCCGACUUUUCCAACAUCAAAAUAACAAUAAAGUGCCUUCAUGAA